AUGUCUAGCUCUGACAGUUUCCCUUCAUCUACUGUUGAAGGAUAUACACUAAGCGCGAGCCUGAACGCCUCAAUGCUGGUUAAUUUAUUGCUGGGGGUGUACACGGUUGUAUAUGGCGGAACGUUGUACCUUUACUGGUCCAGGAAAUCCUCGAACAAAAGUCGCCGCGUCGUUAUUGCAAUGAUAUCGACAUUGUACCUACUUACUUUGGCCGACACAAUUUUGGAGUGGUACUUCCUAGAUUGGUCGUUCAUCACCUAUGGGAUCACCAGAGAUACCAUCUUUUGGUCUUCUCUACAAGGACCUGUGUGGUAUCAAGCAGUGGAUAAUUUCCUGUUCAGUUCUUUGCUCAUUAUUUGGCGAUGCUACCACGUCUGGGGUGACUCUCGUAAGGUUAUAGCGAUUCCUGUGUUUUUGUUGAUUGCAGAAAUUGCCCUAACCAUAACAACAACCGUACUGGACGCGAUGUUACCUUCACUGACCAGUGAAUCCAAUACGUACAUGUUCAAUAACAUUGCUACAACACUGGCUUUCGUGUCACUUGGGACUACGGUAUGCGCAACCUCACUCAUCGGGUACAAAAUCCACAGCGCCUCCAAAAACAACAUCCUCGGUUCGAGAGCAGCUUAUAAGCGCAUUGUUGUAACAAUUGUAGAAUCGUCCUCCUUCUACUCACUUGUCCUCCUGGUUUAUGCCAUGACUGGGGUAAUUCCCCAGUUGCAAAACUUCCAGUUGCCGUCGAUUCAGGCAACGUACUACGUUGGUGCAGUUUUGUCAAUUUCCGCGGGACUGGCACCAACCGUUAUGGUUGCGAGGCUUGCACUUACUGGUGGAAGUACUACGGCUUCGUCGGGAACCAUCGGCAAUAUUUCCGGUCUGCAAUUCACCUCUAAAACUGGGGAUCGUGGGGAUGAAGAAAGUUCUAGUAGUGGCUAG